AUGGCUGCACGUUUUUGGGAACUUGAACGUAGAACAUUAAUUGUACAAUAUGUAGGUGUUCAACCAUUACAAUUUUAUGCUACAUCUGAUGGUACUGACUUAGUUCAAGAUAUAUUACGAAAACAAUUAGCACGAUCAAAUGCUAAUAUAUUUGGACAAGAAGGUUCAUUAUCAAUAAAUGAUAAUGGAGAAUUUCUUACAUUUGAACCAACUGAUACACAAAAUCGAACAUUACAUUUACCUAUUGAACAUUUAGCAUUUUGUGGUGCUUUAAGACGUAUGCGUCGUGAACCAUCUGAUCAACGUAAUCCUGAUCAAAUUAUACAACGAGAAUUUGAAAAUGUUGAUUUAGCUAAUCGUUAUGCACAAUAUAUUAUUGGUCCACCUAUAUUAGUUGCUAUAUUUCAUGGUUUUGAUAAUGCACUUUGUUAUACAUUUAUAACACAAAGUGCAGAUGAUGCUUGUCUUUCAGUUAUGAAACUUAUGCGUGCAUUUAGACAAUAUGAACAACAGCAAGAAGAACAAGGACAAAUAAAUCAAGGUCUACCUUUGCCUGUAGCUCUCAAUUGUGUAGAAGUACCUUCGCCUGUCGUUGUUGCGCAAGGAUGCCCUGUAUACGAAACACCACAAAUAGCUUCUUCUACUUGUAUUCAAUUGCCAAAAAAAGUAACGAAUAUGUACGUUCAAAAUCCAUGUCAAGAUGAUUUUGUUCAAAAUCUUCUUUGUAAUCCAAAUUUUCAAAUAAUUAAUCAAUCAUGUUCAUCAUCAACACCUGUUAUUACUCAGUGUGUUGAUCGUUUACCAAUUAUAUCAGCACCAGUAUCAUCAACACAACAGUAUUUACCUGUUGUUUCUACUAUGUUAACCAGCGAUGGUAGUACAAAUCAGUUCUUAGGUGGAUCAGUACCAAUGUCUACACGUCCUCCUUCUCCACCUAUUAUUGGUAUUCCCCAUGUUGAAUUUGCUCAGAAUUUACCAUCGGGUCAUAAUCUUCCUCCAAAAGUUGUUCAUAUGCCAAACAAUCAAGAAGUAACAUAUAAACAAAAUAUUAUAAUACGAUGGUUAAAACCACCAACACCUCCACCACCAGCACCAAUUAUUAUUCGUGAAAUUCAAUGUCAACCAGAAAUUGAACCACCAAUUAUUUGUCGACAAGUACCUCAAUGUCCACCAACACCACCUCCAAUUAUUGUUAGAGAACAACCACCACCUUGUCCACCACCUGUACAACCUAUUGUUAUUGAAAAUUGUCAACCACCCCCUUGUCUACCACGUCAAGUUAUUUUUGAACAAUGUCCACCUCCUCCACCAAAACCACAAACAAUUAUCUAUGAAAAAUGUGUAUCUCAACCACCACAACCAAUUAUUUAUGAAAAAUGUGUAUCUCAACAACAACCACGUCCAAUAAUAGUAAAACGUGAAUAUUGUCCACCACCAGUAUGUAAUGUUGUACAACAAAAAGUUCCAUGUCGACGUGUAGUUCAAGAAGUAAUUCGACAAGUUCCACAACCAUGUACACCAGCUCGACCAGCUUUAGUUUGUACUUCACAACAACAAGAACAAAUAACUCCAGGACAAUCACAAAUGGUUCAACAAUUAGUACCUGUUUUUGCUACAAGACGGCAUAUUGUUCAACCAAAAGGUAUUCGUGUUAUUCGACAAGUAAUCGGACCAGCUCAACCAAUGCAAUAG